GAGAACUUUUUCCGGGGAUUGCCACGGCAGCAGAAGGUGUUGUGGCACUGCAUGCAUGGAUACGGCUGUCCUUUGGAGUUUUCCUUCGCCCUGGCCGUUUUUUCCGGUGGCUUUUCGCUGUUUUCGCUCGAGCUUCUCCCUUCCAAUGCGUCGCAGAGAGAAACUCGGAAGAACUCGCUCAUUCUCUCGUGUACGUCGCCGUCGAGCGCGCGCCUCUCGUGAUUUACCCGGCGGCCACCGUCCAUAAUUGCAAAAAUGGAGCGGCUGUGUUUCCGUCUCCUCUGAAAUCCUUUUCAUUCCCUUGCACAGAGAAGCUCUCUUCUUCUGCUGCCAUUUCUCUGCACCUUGAUUCUCGACGGCAACCACCAGCAGCAACGUGUAGGGGUUGUCCUUUUGUGUGCACACAAGCCUUUUCGCCGCAGGUUUACCGCGGCUUUCUUCUGGGAGGGGAGGUCUCUCUUUUCCCUCUGCUCGAGUUUUUCUUCUAAGAGGUUGAAGGAGGAAGAAGGUGCACAGGCAAGCUCCGAAUCCCGCAAAAUGGUGGAUGCGGUGUCUCUCGUGUCUUGCCGAGCUCGGCACAGUCACUCGCUCUUCGCGUUUUCCUUGUCUCGUCGCUCGUGCAUCCAGAAGUACCGCUUUUUCUCCUACGUAAAGUCUUUUCCCUCCUCUCUACCUUCUCCCUCUCGCUCCUCUUCACCCUUCACUCUCUCUCCUCGUCGCAGGUGUCUCCCUCCUCUCGUCUUGCCCCUCGAGGCUGCAGGGCAUCUCGCGCCUGCUCUCCACUCCGGCUCUGGAAUCAGCUGUCCUCGUUCCUCCUCUUUGUCUCUCUCGUCCUCUUCUCCUAUGCGUACUCCGCCUUCUUUUUCUCUGAGCCUUCCGCCAGCUCAGCCGCCUUCUCUGUGCUUUUCCCCAACCUCCCGCCUCUCAGCUCCCGUUUUCCCCUGGUCUUUCUCUCGCCAGCUGUCUCUGGCGACCUUGGCGCCGCUCGCAAGUGUCUCCCCCUGGAAAAAGGCAGCCGCGCUUCCCAAGCCUGACGGAGCCGCAGCUGUUUCCGACGAACGGACUUCCGCAGAGAGGGCCGACGCCCUUGCAGGUGCCUGGAGAGCUUCGGCUUCGCAUGUUGAGGAUCGAUUUAAGCAGGCAUUCCCAGAAGUACGAGGGACUCUCUUAAACCACAUCGCAGGCCUGGACCUCCCCGCUUCUCUCUCUGCCCGUUUGCUGAGCUACUACGCGCGUCUCCUCGACUAUACAUGCUCCGGGGGAAAACUCACGCGCGGCAUCCUCGUCCUCUACGCUGCCGCCGCUGCAUCUCACGCCCCCGUACUUCCACCUCCGUCUCCGUCUCCUGCUGCUGCUCCCGCCUCUUCUGCUUCUUCUGUCUCUUCUUCUCCUUGCUCGUCGUCUCUGGCGGAGUCAGAGCGUGUGCCUGGUUCUGCGCUUUCUCCGGCUCUUCCGCCGUCGUCUUUCCGCUGUCUGGCUGCUCUCGGCUGGUGCGUCGAGCUGCUUCAGUCAUGCUUUUUGGUCAUGGACGAUGUGAUGGACCAUUCCCUCACUCGGCGGGGGAAACAAUGUUGGUAUCGCUGCGACGGCAUUGGCGUGAGCAACGCGGUGAACGACUCUCUCGUCCUUGAGGCUGCGGUCUACAGAGUUCUUCGCGAGUAUCUCGGGGACCACCCGGCGUAUGCGCAGCUCCAAGAUCUCCUCCUUGGAAACACUUUCACAACUCUCAUUGGCCAGCACUUGGAUUCCGAAGAUGCACUUGCAGCUCUCAGUGAAGCAUCCCAGAAUCUGGAGAGUCGCCAGAGCGAAGAUAACAGCUCUGCCUCCUCUGCAACAGCUGCAGGCUCUUCCCUGUUGCGUGACGCAUCCUUAAGCGACAAGGACUUUACGCAUCAUUCUUAUGUGUCUUCUUCUCUCUCUUCUUCCCGUUCGUCUCCUUCUCUCUCUGCUUCCUCUCUUCCUUCCUCGGAGGUUCUGGCGCAGAAGCUCGCAGAUCGCCAGGCGACGGUUGCGCGUCUGAAGACCAGCCACUACUCUUUCUACUUGCCCACGGCUCUGGGGAUGACUUACGGUGGGCUCACAGACCCGGCACUCAUGGCCCAGGCGAAGGAGCUUUGUCUCGCAAUUGGAGAAUACUUUCAGGUGCAAGAUGACUACCUCGACUGCUUCAGUGAUCCAAAGAUCUCCGGAAAAAUCGGAAGCGACAUCCAAGAGAAAAAGUGCUGCUGGCUUUUUGUCCAGGCUGUGAGGCGAGCUAGCCGCGAGGACCUGGCACAGCUCCUUCGGGUGUAUGGACAACCUGAGUACGUCGACUGGGUGAAAGAUCUCUACCGUCGUCUUGACUUGACCUCCUUGUAUUUUCAGUAUGAGGAAGAAACUCUGGCGAAGCUGAGAAGGUCAGUUUCUUCGUUCCCACAUGACGGCAUGAAGGCCUUCUUCGGCCUCGUCCUCGGGAGGCUCCACAAACGGCAGAAAUAGGAAGUCCGCGUUCCUCCUUUUUCUUUCCUUUUUUCUCCCCUUUCUUUCGUUUUCUCUCCCUUUUCUUUCGUUUUUUCUCCCCUUUCUUUUCUUCUCUUUUCUUCUCUUUUCUUCUCUUUUCUUCCUCUCUUUUCUUCCUCUCUUUUCUUUACUUGCCGUUCUCCGUCACUGUCUCGUUCACGAGCGCGUGUCGCCAUUGCCGUCUCCUUGCCGACCAGAGACAACAGCGAACGUAGAACGUGACUGCCGGUAUGUGAGAGAGAAAUCAAAGUGUCUUGAGUCAACAGUCACGGAGGAAGCCACUGAAGAGAAUCUCUGUUUCCCGGUGCAUUUCCAAAGAGGAGAACGGACCAGAGAAGUGCUCCUUAGUGGCACUACAGAAAUGACAAUUUUCAGUUGAAAAGCCCCAGAAAACCGACUGGGUUGAAACUGUCUUGUGGUCUUCAAGAGCUCGUUCCCCGUCGCAGGAAAGAUCUCUGUAGUAUACAGCGUGAGUCCGGACCUGGGCUGAUUAAAAGUUGCC